AAUUGAAGUCGUAUGAUGUGAGUUUUUCCUGGUGAACAGAGUGUACAGUCAAGCGCGUCUAUUCGGUAUGUGCUGCCAGGAUGUUAAGUUCGACAGUUUGUGUGGGUUGUGUGUUGUCUGUCCAUUAUUUUGCAGGUGACUCAGACACUAUGCGUGUACCAGCUGCUCCUCUCAGUCCCACCCUCAGGUGAGCCUCCCUAGUUUAAGGCCCAGUACCCUUCCUGAAACACCAUGGCCUCUGAGCAGCAGACCAGCCCUCUCCUCCAGCCCAGUGCAGAAUACUUUUCCUGGGACUAUCGCCUCCAGCUAAUUGGCCUGGGAUUCGCCUUCUAUACAGCGACAUUCAUCCUCUCCCACCUCCUCUCUGUGGCUCUGUGCCGCACCUACAACUCCCUGCUAGCUAAGGAGAAGGUUUUCUGGAACCUGGCAGCCACUCGGGCAGUAUUUGGCAUCCAGAGCACCGUAGCAGGACUCCGGGCCCUGACUGAGGACUCUUUGUUGACCAGAGACAGAGUGAGGGGACAAGAAGACUGGUCGUGGUUUCAUGUCCUCACAGCCACAGGUUUCUUUGUAUUUGAAAAUGUAGCCCUUCACUCGUCCAGUCUGGUAUUUUGGUCGUUCGACCUUCCACUGGCGACACACCAUUUCUUCGCCCUGUCAGGAUAUGCAGGGGCGGUGGUGUGGGAUUCUCUGGGUCACUUCCUCCCGAUGGUUACGCUUCUGCUAGAGAUGAGCACGCCAUUCACCUGUAUAUCCUGGAUGUUACUGAAGGCUGGCUGGGCACAUACUCUGUUCUGGAAAGCCAACCAGUGGGUGAUGAUCCACAUGUUCCACUGUCGCAUGGUUCUCACUUAUUUCAUAUGGUGGGUAACCUUAACUCACUGGGGAGAAAUCAGCACCCACGUGGCCCUGCCUCAACGCAUACUCUUCUUCACUGGCCUCGCUCUGCUCACGCUUAUCAUCAACCCCAUCUGGACGCACAAAAAGACCAUGCAGUUGCUGAAUCCAGUGGACUGGAACUUUGGCAACAAGCCAGCACCAGGAAAUGGCACCUUAAAGGGUCAGUCUGAGGUUUCUGUAAAACCUCAUGCCAGCUAAGGAGUUUCAGAGAUGCCAUUUCUUAUUUUGGUUGUUGUUUUAUAAUGGAAAUGUGAAGUGACUUUAAAUAGGAUGUUAUGAUGUUUAUUAUUAUUAUUAUUAUUAUUAUUAUUAUUAUUAUUAUUAUUAUUAUUAUUAUUAUUAUUAUUAUUAUGGUUUUAGACCUUUUUUUCACACAUCAGAGGUGGACUUUCCUAUUAAAAAAGGUCAUUAUAAUAGAUAUUCUUCCAUCUGACUUUACUUUCAGGUAGUUGCCAUGUUGAUGUGUUUUGGCUUUUUAUUCUGUUUCCCAUUUAAAUCUUUUAGUAGGAGGGUGUGGUUUUCAGGUCAGUGGAAUGUUGCCUUGACUGCUUGCAUUGCAAGGUACUGUGUUGUGAAAUAUCUCCUUUACAAGUCGUGAUUCAUUAUUUAUUCACAACAGCAUAGAUAUAUGACAGCAGUUCUUGCAGCAGUCACUCAGUAGCAAUGGCUUACAAAAGAAUGUGUUGUUAAAUCCAAAACGUAUAAGAGUCUUAAUACUGUACAUCUACAGUAUUUAAAAAUUAAUAUUCUGUCAUGCUUGAAGACUAUAUCUCUCUGUCUGCUUAUGGUGUGUUACUAUGGAUAGUGAAGGUUGAUCAUUCCAGUGAAGAACAAGUCUGUUGACGUUUUGAGCUUGGAAAUAUAUGCGAGAGGCAGGAGAGAUUGUUUGUCAGUGCUUAUCAAACGAUUGAGUAGUGAAGUCAAGUCAAGAAUAUGGCCUUUUUCACACACAGCUCCACUGAUACUUUUAUAACAGACACCGUUAUUCAGCACUGAUUGGCCAGGGUAGACUGUACAAUUGGAUUAGGUUGAAAGAAUGAGCCUCUAUAGGUUAGUCAGCAAAUCUGUUAGAUCCUAAGUGGACAGAUCUGUUCAUUCAUGAGUCACAUUUUGGACUGUUAAUCCACUUUCAGCAAAGAAAGAAACAUUUAUCAUAGCCACAACAGAAUUUUCUUUCUUGGUGCAAGAAAGCUCAGGAAUGGUUGACUUCACAAAGGCUUUAUUGUUCAAAAUGAAAACAUAUUGUGACAAAACUGAAGUAGCGUUGACAGAAUUACAGAGUUAGUUUUUUGAUGUUAAAGUAUUUUGAUAUUAGAAGCAAGGUAGUUUAAACUGGAUGGGUUUUACUAAAGUAGGUGUUUAGCCAUAUCCAAAAUUUGCUUUUUUGUGUGUGUUAUUUCUCACAAAGCUGUCAUUGUACUGGAAGACUUGGCCUGGUGUGUUUGGUUUGUGUAUUGUCAUUUAUCUGGUAUAGGAAGGGUUUUGUUUGUCCCGACUGCAAACAUUCAGAUUCUUUACAAUUUCUCACAUUUCUCAGUGUGUUGGCUUUAACAGCAUUGCUACUGUAUUUCAUUAAUUGUUCAUAAUUUUUGGAUUUUUAAAUAUUUAAUUUCAUUCACAAACAGUGUUAAUUUAUGUACAAAUUUUGCACAUGGAGAUGCAAAAUGACACCUUAGUUUUAGCCUGCACAAGCAAACAAGAAAUGAGUCAACCAUGGCAGGAAAAAAAAGCCUGUGCUGGACUGUUUCCAACCAGGUGUGCUUCAUAAGACUUUGCAUUAUCUGUAUAACUUUGCUGAGUAAAAUCAAGAUUUUCUGUAAUCUGAAACAGCAACUGAUGUAUGAAGAACUGGGCUGCAUUUUACUCAUCAACAUUAUCAUGUGGGAAAGGCCCCAUAAAUAGUUGAGGCUACACUCUGUUCAGUGAAAUAGAUGCAUUUCACAGCUUCUGUGACUAGAAAUAUAUUUUUAACACGGGAAAUGUUUUCACAACAGUAUUAAAUAUAGAAAAAUAAUUUAUUUUGUCGUCAAGCUUUACACUUGAUGUCACUGAAAUGUUUACUGACGCAAUUUUAUGAUCAUUUAACGGUGGAUUGCUUUUUCUUUGAAUUUCAUGUUUAAUGACAGCAUUACAAUAACAUUAUGGGAUGGGCAGAAGAUCCCCUGUAAGUUCAGUUACACAUCCCAAGCAAUGCAAUAUCAUGUGUGUAUGGAAAAAUGCAUUCAUUCAAGUUAUUUUGAUUUACAAAAUAAAAUGCUUUCUCACA